AUGAUAGAGUUUGGACACUUCAUUUCUGUCACUGUGAAAUUGGCACGCGGCACGGCUAAUGAUGGAGAUUGUGACUUUGAGAAGCCCUUCUCGUCGUGUGGAUACACCCAAGGGCGAGACGAUGACCUGGACUGGGAACAGAUUGACACCAGUGAAAAGUCUUCGCUGGACCCAUGGGUGCCACCGGGUUCUGCGUUCAUGAUGGUGAACUCGACGGCUCGGUUCUCGGGUCAGAAGGCUCUGCUCUUCACGCCGCAGCUGAAGGAGAACGACACGCACUGCGUCAUCUUCCAGUAUUACCUGGCCGGACGAGAGGGAGGACGGCCGGGACAUCUGAACGUCUACAUCAAGGAGAACAACAGCCCGAUGGGUUUACCCGUGUGGAACACGUCUGGACCCGCUGGACGCAGCUGGACUCAGGUGGAGCUCGCCAUCAGCACAUACUGGCCCAACUUCUACCAGAUCGUCUUUGAAGCGGUGACCUCGGGGCAGCGCGGCUUGCUGGCCAUCAAGGACGUGGUCCUCCAGGGCCAUCAGUGCAUGGACACGCCACACUUCCUUCAUAUCAAAGGUGUGGAGGUGAACGCUGGACAGUCGGCGACCUUCCACUGCACCGUCAACGGAGAAUGGAGAGAUAACUUCAACCUCUGGCUGCAGGGAAUCGGUGGUCGGGAAGCUCCUAUGAAAGCAACCAAACCGUGGAAUAACCAGCGGUUUAUCGGCAUGUUUGAUGUAGUGAACACAACCAAACAGGACUCCGGCCGUUACAGAUGCAUCGUCCACUCGAACACAGGGGUGGGAGUGUCCAACUACGGAGAGCUGACCAUCAAACAGCCGCCGGUUCCCAUCGCUCCUCCUCAGCUCAUGGCGGUCGGGGCCACGUAUCUCUGGAUCCAGCUCAAUGCGAACUCCAUCAACGGAGACGGACCCAUCAUCAACCGCGAGGUGGAGUACCGCACCGUCUCCGGCACCAUGUACGACCUGCAGCCCGUCGAUAAAACCUCGCACAAGAUCGGCCAUCUGGACCCCGACACGGAGUACGAGAUCAGCGUUCUGCUGACACGGCCCCUGGAGGGAGGAACCGGGGCCCCGGGGCCGCCGCUGAGAGCCCGCACCAAAUGUGCAGAGCCCAUGCACGGCCCGCGGCAGCUGAAAGUGGUGGAAAUCAAGGCUCGUCAGGUGACGCUUCGCUGGGAGCCGUUCGGUUACAAUGUGACGCGCUGCCACAACUACAGUCUGACGGUUCAGUACCGCUCCAGAGGAGGAGGCAAGGAGGAGAGCAGGGAGGUGGCAUCAUAUGACAGCCGAAGCUCCGCCCCCCAGCACACCAUCCACAACCUCACGCCCUUCACCAACCUCAGCGUGAGGAUGCUGCUGCGCAACCGCGAGGGAGUCAGAGAGAGUCCCGAGAUCCACGUCCAGACCGAUGAAGACGUGCCGGGAGAAGUUCCUCUGGAUUCGAUCCAAGCCUCUGUGUAUGAAGACAAGAUCCUGCUGAAGUGGAGAGAACCAGCGCAGACCUUCGGCAUCAUCACUCAGUAUGAGAUCUCAUAUAAAGCUGUCAGCUCCUUCGACCCGGUGCUGGAUCUCUCUAACCAGAGCGGGAAGGUGGUUAAACUGGGGAAUGAAACCAGCAGUGUGUUUCUGGGUCUCUACCCGGGCUCCACGUACUCCUUCACCAUCAGAGCCAGCACUGCGAAGGGCUUCGGACCGCCGGCCAUCACACAGGCCACCACCAAGAUCUCAGCUCCGUCGAUGCCGGCGUAUGAUCAGGAGACUCCUCUGAACCAGACGGACAGCACGGUGACGGUGGUGCUGAAACCGGCUCAGAGCCGAGGCGCUCCUGUCAGGUAUGAUUACUCUCAGCUCUUCUGUUCUCAAUAGCAGUGGAUCUCGUGAUUCUCCGUGCACGUCCUGAUAGCAUGUGAAUGCAAACGGAAACAAACACAAGCACGAGUGACAGCAUUUAGACUCCAUUUAGCUCACAGCUCCAAAGUCUGUUUCAGCUGGCUGUUUUUAUCAUUUUAUCCUCCUGUAUUGUUUGUGGAUUCCUCCGAGUGAGCGUCGUUCUUUGAAGCAGAGAACAAAGUGUGUGUGAGUCUUCAGAGCCUUGUCCCUGAACCUCUUUCAUGUGUUUCUGACUGUGUCAC